AUGGCGAAUAGGAGAAGAAGAAGUGAUGCAGGUGCCGAUGAGAUUGCCCAAGCGAUCCACAGAAUGGUUGAUGCCAUGCAGCCUGUUGCGGCACAACCUAGAGCCAUAGUGCCACCCACUAGAGCGGUGACUAUGGAGCAUGUUCUGAAACACAAGCCAUCCAAGUUCAACGGCAAAGCUACCCCUGAUGAGGCUGAUGCUUGGCUUAGGGAGUGUGAGAAGAUAUUUAGAGUACUGCAGUGCAUAGAGGCACAACAGUUGAAUUUCGCCACUUUCCUGCUUGUUGGCGAUGCUGAGUACUGGAAGAGGUUCCUGGAAAAGUAUUUUCCAGACUCAGCAAAACAUGCACUCGAGGUGGAGUUUCUGACACUGCAACAAGGUAGUAAACCAGUACAGGCUUGCAUAGACCGGUUCGAGUACUUGGCGAGAUUCUACUCGCAAGGGAUCACAGAGGAAUGGCGUUGUCGCAAGUUUGAGGGAGGCUUGAGGCACGAGCUGCAUAGAUUCCUGGUGCCGCUACAAAUCAGAGAGUUUCCAGUUCUGGUGGAGCAGGCUAGGACUGUGGAGGAGUUAGACUUUGGAUCCAGUCGGAUCACGAGGACGAACUGUACUAAAGCUGCGGGCAGUUCAAGUGCUAGUAAUGAACAUGUGAAAUGCUACAAGUGCGAGAAGAUGGGACAUUAUGCGAGUCAAUGUCCAAACAAGAAGGCGACCGGAGAAACACCAUCAUCGCAGAAGCAGCACGGGGUGAUAGCUGAUCGACCUCGAGCAACGGGGAGGGUGUUUGCAUUAACUAGUAUUGAGGCCACUAAGUCAGGUAAUCUCAUACUUGACCGAUGUUUAUUGUUUGAUAACCAUGUUUUGGUACUGUUUGACUCUAGAGCUACUCACUCGUUCAUCUCACAAGAAUGUGUGAGUAGACUAGGACUAGUAGUCCAGGAUUUGGGGUACAAACUUGCGGUCUCGACACCUGCCUCGGGAGAAGGUUAUACCAACUUAGUUUGCACCGAAUGUCCUAUUGAAGUGGCAGGACAUAGGUUCAAAGUGAAUCUUGUUUGUUUACCGUUGGAGGGCCUGGACGUAAUACUUUGCAUGGACUGGUUGUCGGACAAUCACGUCAUUAUGGACUGUAGACGGCACAGUGUAGUGUUUCCUGAAGCGGAUGGGUAA